UUCUGCCAUUCCCAAUGGGGAAAAUCGGGCAGAACUACGGGAGUGGAAACUAAGUGGGAGUUGGAGAGCAAGAGUGUGAGAAAGAAGGAAGUGAAUUGAGGGAAGAGUUGAGGAUAACAUGGUGGUGAUCACAGAGUUUCAGAAGAUCGGUGUCGGUUUGACAGGAUUCGGCUUGUUUUUCCUGGUCUUUGGUGUGCUGCUGUACUUUGACUCUGUCCUGCUGGCUUUUGGGAAUCUUCUCUUCCUGGUCGGUUUGGUAUUCAUUACCGGCCUCCGCAGGACCGCCCAGUUCUUUGUUCAGAGGUACAGGCUCCGCGGAUCUUUCUUCUUCCUGGGAGGUGUAGCCCUGGUGCUCUGCCGAUGGUCAGUUAUUGGCAUGGUGGCCGAGGCCUACGGUUUCUUUCUCCUGUUUAGAUCAUUCAUUCCUGUGGCAUCUGAAUUUGUGCUGUCAAUGGUGAACAUCCCCUCUCUCUAUACGUUAUACCAGAGUCUCUCAGGAAGCAGCUCCUCUGAGGUUGGACCAUAAAUUGUGUUGGGAGGGAAGAGCGAGCACCGGAGAAGAGAGGAAGAGAGGAAUACGAUAAGGCCUAUCACGAACAAAUGAACUCUGAUAUCAUAGUAUUUAUUAGAAGGCUGGUGUAGCAAGAAUGACUAGAUGAUUUAACUACAUGAAUGUUUUCACACUUCAAUUUGUCUUGACGUUCACUGACUCAGCGGCCAUUUGCAGUGACUAUAUCAAAUAUAUUCAGCGCUUCGUAGUUACUGUUAAAUGUCAAAGCUUGAGUUAACGAAGAAGUGUUGCAGUCUGUUUCACUUGCCAUUGCAAUGUCUAAACGUCCCCCAGCUAUGGGUUAAAUAGUGCCACUGCCUAGUGGCUACCUCGGGAGAGGAACGGGCUACGGGAGUAAACCCCUACAGAAAAUCAACGUCCACAGUGCUGUUGUUUUUUGUCCCCUUUUGUAUGUGCCUAAGUGGGAGAGUACUUUCGGCAUCGUGUGUGGCUGCCGCUUCUCCCUCUCGUAGCCCCCCCUUCCCAUCCACCCCUGUAUGUCUGUGGUAUGUUUAUCUGUUGUCUUGUUUCACCCUGUUUAUUAUAAAGUGACUUUGAGUGUUAGAAAAGCGCUAUAUAAGAUUGAUUUAUUAUUAUUAUUAUUAUUAUUAUUAUUAUUAUUAAAUGAAGCUCAGAAUACACUUACUCAAUAAA